GUAGCAUACAAUGCUAGUGUAAAACAAAUGCGAACAUUUCUAUAAGUCAAGUUAUUUGGAGUUUUCAUGUAUAAACAGCCGUACCGGGAAAUACGAAACAUUCACAAAAACACGCUUCUGGUGAUGAUUUAACAGCAAAACGUCCCUUCUAACAUGUUACCGAACUACAUCAAAACAGUCCUGACCACACAAAGCGUCAUCGGAGGCAUGGGCAGUUGAUUGGCUCACCGCUUGUCAGGCUCUGUCGUGAUUGGUCGUUGCGGUGCCGAUCAGUUAAAUAGCUCCUCGCGAGGACGUGUCGCCUGCUUUAAUUGUCACUGCUAACACAGGAAGUGACUAGUGUAGUUUUAGAACCACUCGCUUUGUAUGCUGUAUCGAGGGUAUAUCUGUGGGAUAAAACUACACCUCCCAGAAAAACCGUUCACAACCGCUGUUACGCAAUGACCCCUCCGCGCAGCUAUCGCCGCCUAUCGCCUUCCGUUUGCUAAGUAGCUAUCCACACGGGGGAAGUGGGUGUUAUGUAUAGAUGCGGACACUAACGUUAGUAAAAUAACGCGCCUGUCAAAACGUUACACCUCUUAAAACCACCACCAUGUUUGGCCGGUCACGGAGCUGGGUUGGAGGACCGGGGAAACCGAAAAACAUCCAUUCCCUGGACCAUUUGAAGUAUAUGUACCAUGUCUUGACCAAAAACACCACAGUGACAGACCACAACCGAAACCUUCUCGUGGAGACCAUCCGCUCCAUCACAGAGAUCCUUAUCUGGGGGGACCAGAAUGACAGCUCUGUAUUUGACUUCUUCCUGGAGAAGAACAUGUUUGCCUUCUUCCUGAACAUCCUGCGUCAGAAGUCGGGCCGCUACGUGUGCGUCCAGCUCCUCCAGACUCUCAACAUUCUGUUUGAGAACAUCAGCCAUGAGACUUCCCUUUAUUACCUUUUGUCAAACAACCACGUGAACUCCAUCAUCGUCCACAAGUUUGACUUCUCGGAUGAGGAGAUCAUGGCCUACUAUAUCUCCUUCCUCAAGACACUGUCACUCAAACUCAACACCCACACCGUGCACUUCUUUUACAACGAGCACACUAAUGACUUUGCCCUGUACACCGAGGCCAUUAAGUUUUUCAACCACCCUGAAAGCAUGGUUCGCAUCGCAGUCCGGACCAUCACACUCAACGUCUACAAAGUUUCAUUGGACAAUCAGCACAUGCUGCACUACAUCCGAGAUAAGACAGCGGUGCCAUAUUUCAGCAACCUGGUCUGGUUUAUUGGCAGCCAUGUCCUCGAACUGGACAAGUGUGUGCAGACAGAUGAAGAACACAGGAACAGAGGGAAGUUAAGUGACCUGGUAGCGGAGCACCUUGACCACCUACACUAUCUGAACGACAUCCUCAUCAUCAACUGUGAAUUCCUGAACGACGUAUUGACCGACCACCUCCUCAACCGUCUGUUCCUGCCCCUCUAUGUCUACUCUCUGGUGAUCCCUGAGACGUCCGAAGAGCGAAAGAUUAACCCUCAGGUGUCCCUCUACCUGCUGUCUCAAGUGUUUCUGAUCAUCCACUAUCAGCCGCUGGUCAACUCCCUGGCCGAAGUUAUUCUCAAUGGAGACCUGUCUGUCUUCACCCCACAGACGGAUAUACACAGCACACACAAGAAUACGGCCAGUGCAGGAGGUGUGCGUCGCUUCACCAAGCCCUCGGAGUCUCUGGAGCGCUCCCUAGAACUGUCCCGCCAUCGCGGCCGCAAGAGAACUCAGAAGAGGCCAAACUACAAGAAUUUAGGGGAGGAGGAGGAUGACGAAAGGCCUGGUGGAGGAGGAGGAGGAGGAGGUGUAGGAGUAGGAGUAGAGGAGGGCUGGGACGAUGACGGCAGAGGCGGAGAAAGGGAGAAGGGAAAAGGUACAGAGGGAGGAGGUGGGAGUUCUAAGGGAAGCAGAGCGAGUGGGGAGACGGCGGAAGAGAUCGAGAUGGUGGUGAUGGAGAAGUGUAAAGUGUCGGAGCUGACGGAGCAGAACACCACUGAUGAGGAGAAGACCGCUGCAGCCACCCGCACGCACACUCAGAGGAGCAGACCGUUCUUAGACAUGGUGUACAGCGCCCUCGACUGCACCACCGAUGACUACCACGCCCUGUUUGUCCUCUGCCUGCUCUAUGCUGUCUCACACAGCAAAGGUAUAAACCGAGAUCUUCUGGAGCGUCUGCAGUUACCAGUUCCUGACCAGGAGAAGAGUUCCUACAGCCUGGUGCUGGUAGAGAGACUGAUCAGAGUAAUGAGUCAUGCAGCACAGCCAGAUGGUAAAGUGCGUCUCGCUACCCUGGAGCUGAGCUGCCUUUUGUUAAAGCAGUCUGUGCUGUCUGGAAACCACUGUAUAAUCAAAGAUGUACACCUGGCCUGCCUGGAGGGUGCUAGAGAAGAAAGUCUGCAUUUACUGCGGAGAUUCUACAAGGGUGAGGAGAUCUUUCUGGACAUGUUUGAAGAUGAGUACAGGAGCAUGACGAGUAAACCGCUAAAUGUGGAGUAUCUAAUGAUGGAUGCCUCCGUGCUGCUGCCACCCACGGGUACCCCUCUGACUGGUAUCGACUUUGUCAAGAGGCUGCCCUGUGGAGACGUGGAGAAGACACGCAGGGUACGUCCACUCAUUCACCGGAGCGCAGUCCACACUGCGAUCCGUGUGUUCUUCAUGUUGCGGUCCUUAUCGCUCCAGCUUCAGGGGGAACCUGAGAUGCAGCUGCCUCUGACCAGACCAGAAGACCUUAUCAAGACGGAUGACGUCCUAGACCUCAAUAACAGUGACCUAAUAGCCUGUAUGGUGGUCAGUAAAGAUGGCGGCCAGGCCCAGAGGUUCCUCGCUGUAGAUGUGUACCAGAUGAGCCUGGUCGAACCAGAAACCAAGCGCCUCGGAUGGGGUGUGGUCAAGUUUGCUGGCCUUCUGCAAGACAUGCAGGUGUCUGGCGUGGAGGACGACAGCCGAGCGUUGAAUAUCGUCAUCCAUAAGCCCGGCUCCAACCCCCACGCCAAGCCCCUGCCCAUCCUGCAGGCCAACUUCAUCUUCGCCGACCACAUCCGCUGCAUCAUCGCCAAGCAGAGGCUGGCCAAGGGUCGCAUCCAGGCCCGACGCAUGAAGAUGCAGAGGAUUGCAGCUCUGUUGGACCUGCCCGUGCAGCCCAGCACAACAGAGGUGUUGGGAUUCGGUCAGACGGCCAACGCUUCACCCAGCGCCCUGCCGUUCCGAUUCUACGAGCAGUCAAGGCGGUCGCCCAGCGACCCCACGGCAAAUAGAUCGGUCUUCGCCUCAGUGGAUAAAGUACCAGGUUUUGCCGUGGCUCAGUGUGUGUCGCAGCACAGUCCCUCGCCCCUCUCCUCCCCCUCGACUCCCUCCAGUGGGAGUGGGAGCACAGGAAGAUGCGACUCUGUCACUGCGAGCACUAUAUCAGCUCAGAGCCCCACAGAUGACGGUACGUUGUUGGAGCACACCCCGCCCUCCCUCUCGGGCGGAGAGGGGGAAGGAGGAGGUGGAGACGUAACGCUAGUCUGCUCUGCUCCCUCGGCACCAGUCACAGGCCUCGCCCCGAGCCUCACCCCGGCGUCCCAGCCCAACAUCUCCCUCCUCACGGACGGCGACGCGGAGGCGCUCAGCGUGGAGUCGCUCACGCUGCUGCCACCCGCAGACUCGCCGCACCUGCACCACUGUGCCAGCCACAUUCCCACAGCGCACUCCCUCCAGAGAGCAGGCACCUCCAUCGCAGAGGAGGUGGAGGGGGAGGGACAUAGGAAAGGUGAGCAAAGAGAUGAGGAGGAGCUGCCAGAGGAGGGAUCGCCCACAGACGAGGCGGUAAAAGAGGAAACAACAACAACGGAGUUGGUCACCCCCACUGACGAGGAACCCGAGGCAGAAGGUGAAGACGCUCCUCCAGAGGUGAAUAGAGACGACUCAGCGGAAACGGAGGAUCCAGAGAUGCACACUGAAACACCAGACUCCCCUGAACUGGAUUAAGCAACACACACACACAACCAUGUUCAUGCACUUCAACAUAUCUCUCACACACUUAGGAGGACAGGGAAGUGUGAUAGUUAAACUAUCCAGCGUCACUGCGGCAUGUUUUCAUGUUGCGACCUGUAGAUGGUGUGUGAUGUGAAUAGUUGGAUUUUGGAGGCAUCUCAACAUUUGUGUUUGCACAUGAAGAGAGACUCUUUUCACUCGGAGAGAGCAGAGGCGCCAUGUCACUGGGCGAAUUAAAAAACAAAACAAAAAAACAAGGCUUCAAGCACAUUUGGGUUUCUGUUCACUUGAGUGUGUCCGGUUGUGUUUUUAGUGAGCGUGUGUGUAAAGACGCGCAACCAGCAACGUUUUUUACUCAUUCUGAUCGAUUGUUCAUCAGCACAAAGAAACACACACACACACACACCACAUGCUGCUGUUUAUCCACAGACUUUUUGUCGUAUGUUACGUUCACCACUAAUGUUUUGUGGUGUUUGUCACGUCGAUGCUAACACACACACACACGCUAUACAUACAGUCCACACUGAGUCAGCUGCACUUGCCUUUUAACCGCUGUCUGUCAGACCCGUUAGCAGUAACUGCCAUUGGGAAGGUGUGUGUGUGUGUGUGUGUGUGUGUGUGUGUGUGUGUCGGGAUGUGCAUGGGCUUGAAUGAUUCAGACACCGUGGUUGUGCGUGUUUUCUACAUUUUGUUUAGCUCUUAUUGGUCCAGGUGUAGAGUAACGAUCCGUUCAUUUCACAUUUAAUAACUGGUGACAAUUAAAGAAAAAUAUUAAAGUAGUGUGCAGCAUCUUGAGCCGGGAGGAAGCAGGUCUCCUGCUGUAAACAUUCAUCAGACGUUGGCGUGGAGUGUUGUCCCCUGAUAGUAAACAUCAUCGUCUUGGGAUGAACGCAUCACAUCACGCAGUGGGUUUCCAUCGUAGUUAACGUUGAUCUCUUGAGCUCACAGUUUAUUACGGGUUGCUUGCCGUGGAUCAAAGCAUUGUUUUGUUUGUUUUCAGAUAUGCAACAGUAUUCAGCAAACCUUGACCUCGUUAGAUUUGCUUUUUGUUUUCAACUUCCUCCUCAUAUCCAUAGUGUAGUUCAGAGCCUUCAGGGAUUAGAUGGUGUGUGACUCACAAACGGAUUUGAACGAUCUGAAUGGAGCUGAAUAAGUGGUGCAGGAGUUCAUUCAUAAUGGAUAGCAGGUCACUGAGUAGUAGUAGUAGUAAAUAAUUCACAGUCAUGUGUUCUCUGCAUAAAGCACUUCAGCCUUAGUAACACAGGUGAGCUGCUGCUUUACUCAAUGAAGAGCUGAGUGUUGUUUGCUAUGUUUAGUCAUAGAGAUAAAGAAGUGGAUUUGCGUGACUAAAUGAAACGCUGACGUCCUCAUCGAGUGAUGUCGUAUAACUCUGAAAACACAACUUCUGUGUCUGCAGGUUGGCAGCACUGGGUUGAAUGUAUGUGCCGGUUUCCCCCUCAGGUACUGACCUGAGCUCAGUCUUACUCUCAUGUAUCGCUCUCAACACUCAAAUGACUGACAAAGUUCCAGCUAUUGGUGAACCAUGAAAUCCUCGUCCUCCAGGAAGGACUAGUAGGGGUCUAAUUUGCAUAAAGCACAGUGUUUGGAUUGUUUACAAACGAAAGGAAAAGCAACAUUAACUUCUUGAGAUGCUGCUCUGAGGUCAGUGUGGAGGGGCGAACCUCCUCCUUUAAUCAGCUGAAUAAAGCUUUACUACUGCAAUAAUCUGAAGAGCUAACCAAUGAGGGGAGAGAUGAAUGUAACGGA